CGCGACGUCAUCCUCAAACAUGGCCGACCGAGGAAACACAAACAUGGAAGUCGAUAAGGAAAAGAGCAAACAUUUCGCCCACGGACUUAAGCCGGUUAUUGACGAGGUCGCUCAAAGAACAGAGGCGCAGAAUGAUGCCGACGACGGGAAGGGCGUGGGUGGGAGUCGCGCCACGACGGAAUACUGCGAAAAGCUCCAGGCGUGGAUGUGGCAGUACUACACGGGCUACGUGCACUGGCAGAGCUGGCUGGCAGCGUCAGCCAUGACGUGCCCUCACUAUUCACAGGCAGCGAGCGGCACGUCCGCGGCCGUCCCGGACUUUACCUCCCCGACCUGGUGCGCCGGUCCGUUCGGCCUGCCGCCGCCGCUGCCGCUGCCGUAUCCGCCCCCCGUCGCGUCCGCCAGCAGCCGGCCGGGCGAGGCUGCGGUGUCCGCUCAGGCGCCGCAGCAGGAGCACGGCAACGUCCCGAGACCAGGUCGAGAGUAUAGUAUUCCUUCACCGCUGCAGAGGCUCCUGGCUGAGAUGGUGGAUUUCUUUAUAUUGUUUUUCAUCAAAGCAUCUAUAAUCAUCUGUAUUAUGCACCUCAGUGGAAUCAAGGACGUCUCAAAAUUUGCCAUGCAUUUUAUUGUGGAAGAAAUAGAUGAGGACACGUCGAUGGAGGAGCUGCAGAAAAUGAUGCUUGUUGCACUUGUGUACCGGAUAUUAGUGUGUGUUUAUGAGAUUGUGUGCAUUUGGGGAGCAGGAGGAGCCACUCCGGGCAAGUUUCUCGUUGGACUCAGAGUUGUUACAUGUGACUCAUCAGUUCUGGUUCAGCCCAACAGGGUGCUUGUUGUUCCAGCAACGAAUGUAUCUCUGUCCGCAUCAACCGUACGAGCCUUGAACAAGAACUUUUCAAUUGCCUUCUUCUUCCCGGCCUUCAUCACACUCCUGUUCUUUCAGCACAACAGGACUGUGUACGACAUGGUGGCUGGUACGAUCGUUGUCAAGCGCUCCAGGCUUAGAUGAUGCUGAAGAGCUGAGACCACAGUCCACCAACAACUCUGAGAAGGCACUGUGUGAUGUUUUCUGCGCCUGCGGAACGUGUAUACUGCUUUUUUUGCGGCUUCGUUUGAACACACGGGGGCAUUAAGGCAUUGACGGACGGCCUGAUACACAUCAAACCGAUGUGGGAUUUUCUGUGGCUUUGGUUUGUUUCAGACACACGCUGUCUGCAUGUUGGUCUCCCUUUCUGACAAUGGUCUCAAAUUGCCCAGCAUUUCAUUUGCUAAUCAUGCGUAUGUGGGAGUACACCUUCAGUAUCCGUUUGUAUUUCUCAUCUUUGGGAUGUAUUCUUUUGUGACCGUUACACCACUACACAGUGCUCAUAUUUUAGCAACUGAAAUGUCUAAUGUUGCACUGAGGUGUAAUAAAGAAAAAUGUAUAACUGAACACCACUGUAGUCCUCAGAGAAUGGGGCCUAAAAAUAAUGUAUUAUGGAUUUUAUGUAAUUAAGUGUUUUUUGCAUUUAACGAGAUUAAAUUAAAUCCUCACUAAUUUCCUGCACAUUUAACAUCUCUGGUGUUUCAUCAUGCUUAUUAUUUUUUUUUAAUGUCAUAAUGCUGUAAUACUUCUAAUAACUGCUCUAAACCACUGUCAUCAAAACACCAAAUCAGCAAAUAUGUUUGCAGUUUGGGACGAUGGCUCACAGUCAGAGACCAGAACACCGCACAACAUCUGUGGAGAGACGUGAAGCAUUCACAGAGGCUCCUCACUCUUACAAAGGUAGAAGGACUCUGCAAAAUGAAUAAUCAAGCUGUAACUGGUGUGAAGGGCUCGUCUGAAAAGUUUGGAAAUAAGUUGUUUAAUGGUUUUGUACCUGGAAUAUUGUACAUUUGUCAUUAUGAGUUGUUGAAUGUAAAUACAUGAGCUGUUUUCAUUCAAUAGUAAUUCUUAAUGAGGUGCAAGAGGCAGUGUGUUUUGUAUAUUUAUAAUAUGAAUAUGUUAUACUUGUGGGCAUAUUGUAGUAGUUCUAAAACACUAGUCAAAUUCA